UUUGAUCGGUGCAAACGGAAGGUAUUGGUGACGGCAAAUCCGAUGGUGAUGGUGGAAGCGUGUGUGAAUGACUAUCUUGCUCUGGAAAUAAAAGAAUAUUGGAUUCUGGAUUCAUAUCUAUUUGCAAGGUGCAGGCCUUAUGAUGACCCAUCUAUCAAAACAAAGAUUGAUCUGCUUCAUAAAAAGAUCAGCAAGAAAAGUCAAGCUCAUUUUCAUAUCACCGAAGCACUGAAGGCAAGGCGGGACACCUUUUCUUCUCCUCCAUGUACUUUAGUGUGAUCAUCAAUGCAAGCUAUCGUCGGAGAUGCUUUUCAUUUGCUAGAAUUUGGUAUUAAGUUAUUAACGAACUUAUGGUAUGUGCAGGCUUUUUCAAUAAAUGCUCUGUUAUGGACUUAUAGUGCACUACUUUUAUAUGUUUUUGCCAAUCAUAUUAUUUGAAGUUUUGUAAUCUUAUUACAUUUAAAUUGCAGAAAUUUGUAAGUAAAAUGAAUAUUGUUCCUUCUUUUCUCAUGCUGCUACCCUAAAGAGCUCUGAUCACCGUAGGGCCACUAACGUCAGUUCCAUAUUGGGUGCACAACAGAAGAAGUUGAUUCUUCCUAUUCUUCUCAACCACUACAAUUGAUCUUUCCCUCACACUGCAGAUCUUAGAAGUGUUCGCCGUUAGUUCAAGGCCAAAAAGUAAGCAUAAGAUUUCUACAAUUCAUCUCAACCACUACAAUUCAUCUUUGUAUGCAGAUUUCUACAAAAGAUUACUAUUUAUGAAUGAAGGCCUACUAUCUACGAAGCCAUCUUUGUAGCAUAUGAAGACUUGCAAGUAAAAGAAACAGAAUUAUGCUGCAUAUCAUUAUGUUUUGCCAGUUAUAUAGAGCUUUCUUUAGUGGACUAUAACAUGAAAUAUCCCACUCUCCCCUUUCUUUUCUUUAGUUUAUAUAAUUAUAUAUCUCACAUUCAUG